AUGCUUGACGGUAUCGAAGGCACAAAUGGCGCCCAACAGUAUAAACUGGGUCAGAUGAAUAUAUUCUCGACGUCCUUAAUCAGUGUAGUAUGGUUGACGGUAUCGAGGGAACAAAUGGCGCCCAACAUUAGAAACGACAUAUUCCCGACAUUCUUAACUCAUGACGGCAUCGAAAGCAGAAAUGACGCCCAACAUUACAAGUUAGGUCAGAUGGAAAUUUUGAAUGUCAUUGGGGAUCACUCAUCAAAGUCGUCUAAGAAAUCUCAGAAAUCUCUCAUUUGCAGUAACACGAACUCGAAUGGUAAUAGUCGAUCACCUACGCGCUCCUCAACCAACACCAUUGCAAAUACCUACCACUACAGUUAUGGCAAUAAGAAUAGCAGCAACAGUGGUGGUGCAGAUAUUGGAGACAACAUCUAUGGCUUAAAUGGCAAUAUCAGUAAUGGCAACAGCAGCAACAACAACAACCACAACAUUUAUGGCCGCAAUACACCAACAUAUGGCGUUGACACACUAACAAAAACCCCUGCUCGCCAUGAUUUCGAUGAAUUGCUGCGUGAACGUCGUGAGAAGGUUUUCAACGAAUAUCGUUCCACAACGCACGAGGUGUUGGCUGCCACACCUCCACCCAAUCGUUCCCCCUUGCCACCGCCAAGGCGUUUUGUCAAUGGCACCGUACAGCUGCCAUCUACCCUGCCGCCCUCCUUAAAUAAUGGGCGAGGUUCCUCAAUGUCCUCCUACUCCCAGCAUCAGGGGCCACAGGUGCCUCAACGCAAUCCAGGGAAAUUUAACUACGAUUUUCAAUUCAAUCUUAAUUUGGAUGAACGUGAAGACGCCAACCGAGACG